AUGGAUUCGAUAGAGUGCAAUGGUUUAAUUGUGGCUAUUGUUGUCUAUGUUUAUUUGACGCAGGAUGAUGAAUACCUUGCAUCAUUACAAGCAGACAGAGAAAAAGAAUUGAAGGCUAUGGAGGAACCUGAGGCUGCUCGCGAAGAGGAAGACGAGGAAAGACGGAGAGCAGAAGAAUCUCAAAGGAAGUUGCAGGAAGAGCAGGAAUUGGAAACACAGUUAGCUGCCAAAGAAGCCUCUCUACCACCAGAACCAUCCUCAGCUGAUGAUAAUGCUGUGACCCUGCUGGUAAAAAUGCCAGAUGGCAGCCGUCGUGGCCGCCGAUUCCUAAGAUUUGAUAAACUACAGUCUCUUUUCGACUUCAUAGAUAUUGGUAGGCUGGUGAAACCUAGCAGUUACAGACUGGUGAGACCAUAUCCUAGGCGUGCCUUUGGUGUUGGAGAAAGUGCUGUGACACUUGAUGAACUUGGCCUAACCAACAAGCAAGAAGCUUUGUUUUUGGAGUUAGUCUGAUGCCCUGAUGCAGAAUGCUAGAAGAAAAGCUUUUAAAGUCAUCAUUAGUUUAUUAAAACAUGAACCAAUACACAUAAAAAGGACGUCACAUUUUAAUCUGCUUUUGUGUUAAAUGAUGUUAUUUAUGAAUUUAAACAUCUACAAGGACCGCGUGCUUUACUUGUGAUGGAAAUCUUUGUGGAGACUAGUCUGCAGUAUCGCAUACGAUUAAAAACAAUUCAUGAUUAAUAAAACUACAACCAUCUUUUCCCCUUCAAACAA